AUGGUUGUCUAUGUGACAGACUCAUCGGCCUACAUCGCAUGGGAUGCGGCAGCAGAACGAUUCAAAGCAAGCUACCGCGAGCAAGGUCAAACUACAUGGACAAGCGUCGGCCCUGGUGCUGAGUUCAUGUCGAAUUUUCUUCUCUUGUCCUCCUUGUCUCUUCAUCAUACAUACCAAGUACAAAUCUCUGCAAAGACAGGAAGUUCUUGGAACGACCUCACCACUCUCAACAGCGUCACCCCCGUCAAUCCUCCUCUCGCGCCCACUCUGUUGCAUGAAACAAGUUAUACAGAAACGUCAGUGACCAUUGCUUGGUUCCUUCCCUCAGAAUCAGAUGCUGCUAGCACAUUCAAGGCGAGCAUAAGAAGCUGCUACAAGAAACAGGCCCUCGACUUGUGUGGGGCAUACCAAGACUACAAAGAUCCUGUUACGAGUCAGGUGGUUGAGGUUUCAACCCGAACGAUAAGCUUCACAGGGCUCAAGGAGGGAUUCUUUUAUGACGUGUACAUCCUUGCAAGGAACCUCAACAAGUUCGGGUACGUGCAGGGUCAGAUUGAACCACUGAGGAUCCGCCCGAGGCCUGCCCUGUGGACAUCGACAAGAGACCUUGUCAUCAUCGGGGUAGAGGAGACAACGGUGUAUCUCGCAUGGAAGGCGUUGGAGCAGGCCUCGUCGUAUUGCGUGCAGUACAGGAGCUACUCCAGCCAACCUCUGCCAUGGUCCAGCAGCUGCCUGAUCACCUCGACUACCACAGCCAAGGUGACGCAGCUCGAUACCGGGAAGAAGUAUCAGUUCCGAGUCUCCGUGGCCAACGAGUACGUCAACGCUCAAGGAGCUCUAGAGUUCUCUGGCUCCGACAAGGCCUCGUCCCUCGGAGACCAGCAGACCAGCAACGUCGUCACCGGGAGCCCUCAGCCUUUCCUCACUCAGAGCCCAACAGGCCUGCGAGUUGUCGCUGUGAGGGACAGCCAGGUCUACCUGGAGUGGGACCCCGUUCCCGGUGCCUCGUACUACAAGCUCCAACUGCAGCGAGCAGCGGAGGCCUACGAGCCUGAGGACCCCUGGAGCUUCUGGGGAGUGGGAGAGGACAUGAAGAUCCUCUACAACUUCCGCAUCACCGCCUACAACGAGCACAUCGCGACCUCGACCUACAAAGGCUUCACAGGGCCCAGCACGCCCGGUCCCUCCUCCGAUCCCUCCGGAUGCCCUGCAGGUUCAUCCCUCUUGGAGGAGGAGCUUGUACACAGGAGCAGCAACCCUGCUGUCAGCUCGACGGCUACGGAGCUGCCGUGUAACGGGGCUUGUCUUGGCGCCGUGGUCUUCCUGCUCGACGACAUCACGUCCCCAGCUCCCAUGAUCGUCUCCUUCAACGCGUCUGAUCAGACGGUGGAAGUGGAUCGAGAUGUGUCCGCGGGAGGCGCCCAGCAGCUUCACGUCCUCAUUUGUCGCUUCGCGUCCUCUUUCUCGUCCUCCAAGCUUCUCCUCGGGUGGCGAUACGUGGAGGAUGCAAGCAGAUACGAGACAUGGACAACGGUAAGCGUCUUAGGAGCCAACGGGUCGUCCGAGGGAGGAUGUGCGGGUCUCCCUACUCCCCUCAACCUGCAGGAGGCGAAGGCAUCCUUCACGGCUCCUCGCUCCAUGCAGCUCGGAAACUCCUUCCUCUGCUACGAAGUUCGAGGGAUCAACCGCACUCGGUAG